AUGCGAACGCCUCGCCUCCCCAUGAAAGGUAAUAUUGCGGAAGUUGUCCUUUACCGUUGCAGCAAGACCAUCAACGAUCACCAAUAUUCGAACCCAAGGCCAGUAGCUCUAGAUGGUCGCAUGAUGGAAACUACCAACACCCAAAAGCCGCUACAGUGGCAAACAACUCCAGGCGAGGGCUCGCUCGAAGUACAUUCCCCCGAACAGGAUAGACAGAGGAGCAUUUCGUUAUCCAAGUUUAUUCCAAGGUCUUUAAAAAGAAAUAACUCUAUGAACGGCUCAGUAGAGUCGCAUGUGGAUGCUGGGGAUGCGGAAGUGGACCAGGAGGGUCAGCGCGCAAGCAAUGGACGGCAACUUGGGCCGGGAGGGGAGAAAAGGCCAGAGGCGGGGCAGCUUCGAGGAACAGGCGCGCUACCGGUAAUACUGAAGGAAAACAACAAGUUUGCAUCACGACUGCGGAGCAUGUUUAAGGCAUCGCGGGAGCUGUCCCAGCAGGAGCCGAACGAUGUGCAGCAGGUGUCGCCAGAAGGCAAAGCGGAGGGGACGGCACGCCACACACCGGAUGGCGGUAUGCGGGUCCGGUCGCCAUCGACUCCGACUUUCACUGUGAGUAGAGAUCCACAACCACCGACCGGGCAGGCUGCUGGCACACACGAGGCCAUUGAUAUCGCCCCUGGACGUCUUCAAUCCCCCUUAAUGCCUUCGAGCCAUUCGGCUGGCGGGGGAAUCACGUCCAAGGCACGUGGCAACAGGUCCAAUACUGUUCGUGGCUUAAACCCUUAUUUCGCAUACCAAGGCUUGCCACCCCACGCAGAGCCUGCUCAUGAUGGCUCACAGAGAUCAUAUGAUAACUCAACGUUCCUCACGACACCGAACACUGCACAGACUUCACAGACUACGUUGUCUUAUACAAACUGCUCCAGUAACGCCAGUGCAGCAUCGUUGAAUGAUAUAGAAGAAAAUGAGGAAGUAUGUUCUUUCCAACAUACGAAGAAGUCACCAGAUAUCUUAUUGCAGGCUAUCGGAUGUCCUGUUACGCCCUUGACCGCCUCUGAGUCUCGCGAGGAAACUCCAUUGAAGUCACCCGUUUUAAGGCGCGUCGCUUCACAGCCAACUAGUCUUAACAAGCAAGAGGGCCAAACUCGUAAUAACCAACAAGCUACAGAUGCUGGUGCAUCCUUGAUGGCUCACCAGACCCUACCAGUUCCCGUAUCAUGUCGCUCGUCCUCCUCUUCGAAUAUGUGUGCCGAAGCAUCUGCUACUGCACGGCUUGAAGGAGGAAGCCCAGAGCAUCUAGAACUACCACCCAAAAGAUCACAGCGGCUAAGGGCCAAAUCCUUCGGAAAUAAAUUCCGGGAAGCUGUUGUAGGCCCUCAGUCUUUUGAAAAGAUUCGACUACUUGGUCAGGGUGAUGUUGGUAAGGUUUAUUUGGUUAGAGAGAAGAAGUCCGAUAGAUUGUACGCAUUGAAGAUAUUUGGAAAGGCAGAGAUGAUCAAAAGAAAAAAAAUCAAAAGAAUACUUGCUGAGCAAGAAAUAUUGGCCACCAGUAACCAUCCAUUCAUUGUCACACUUUAUCAUUCAUUCCAGACCGAGGAUUACCUAUAUCUAUGCAUGGAGUACUGUAUGGGUGGAGAAUUCUUCAGGGCACUACAAACCAGGAAGACAAAGUGCAUUUCUGAGGAUGAUGCAAGAUUCUACGCGAGCGAAGUGACUGCGGCUUUGGAAUAUUUACAUUUGAUGGGUUUUAUAUAUCGUGAUCUCAAACCUGAGAAUAUUCUACUUCAUCAAUCUGGUCACGUUAUGCUUUCUGAUUUUGACCUGUCAGUACAGGCAAAAGGAACCAGAAAUCCUCAGGUUAAGGGAAAUGCCCAGUCUUCGCUUGUCGACACAAAAGUUUGUUCUGAUGGCUUCAGGACUAAUUCUUUUGUUGGAACGGAAGAGUACAUUGCACCUGAGGUCAUCAGGGGAAAUGGCCAUACAGCAUCCGUGGAUUGGUGGACAUUGGGUAUACUUACUUACGAAAUGCUCUUUGGGUUCACUCCUUUCAAGGGCGACAACACAAAUCAAACGUUCUCCAAUAUUUUGAAGAAUGACGUUUAUUUCCCAAACAAUAACGAUAUAUCUCGCACUUGCAAGGACUUGAUUAAAAAGUUAUUGGUCAAGAAAGAGAGUAAGCGACUUGGCUCAAAGUUUGGCGCCAGUGAGAUAAAAAAGCAUCCUUUCUUUAAGACCGUUCAGUGGGCGUUAUUGAGGAACCAGGAACCUCCUUUAAUCCCGGUAUUGACGGAAGAUGGGUACGACUUUGCAAAGUUAUCACAUAAAAAGGAUGUUAAAAAGGCCGAGAAAUUCGGCCCAUCCGGGGAUAGUACUCAUAAAUUCAAAGUCGCGGCUUCAAUCGACUCUGUUGAAGAACAGGAACGUAUAAUGUUCGAAGAAAAGGUCGAACACGACGAUGCGGUAUCUGAUGAUGAUCCGUUCCAUGACUUCAACUCAAUGAGUCUCAUGAAACAGGACAACAAUUCACUGAUCUAUGGGGAUAACAAUUCCUAUGGAAAAAUCACAUACGCACCUAAUCAAAAUAGGUCCAGAAGUAAUAGUCAUAGAAGCUUCUUCAAAAGAUGA